CAACUUUGUUAUGGUGCGCAGUCUCGUUUUGUUGCAGUUGUCUGGAAUGAUUUAGAUCUAAAGAAGCCAUAGUGCUAUUCUGUUCUAGUAAAUCAAUAAGUUACUGUUUAUUUAAACUCGUAAUUACCUAAUCAAUGUUAUAAUUUGUUUUCAUACACAUUUACGCUUUCACGGUUAUUUAAAAUACUCCCCAGUGGUUAGUUUUGUCCGCCAUAUCAGAGUCGUCCUCACACUAACUUAAUCUUUCAUUUGCAUCGAUUGCCCUACAUAGUUCGCACAAAUUUACUUCCUGAGCCUGUUGUUUGUUCUUUCAGCAUAAAAUCAAAAUAUUUUCAAAGAAACCUGCUAGGUUUCUUUGUAAAAUUGACUCCAGCAUUUUUAUCACGAAAGGUUCAAGGUCUGAUGCUGGGUCCCUGGAUGGGGCACUGGCAGGAAUAGCUGUACGCAACUUGGAGGGUUCGCCCCCAGCUACAACUUCCACCCCAGCUCCUGCCCGACGGCCUCUCUCCGAUCAAGGGAUACUGGAGAUGAGCACAGCCACUGAAAAUUCAAUCAGAUUCAGUGGCCACACCCUGGACAAGGCGACCAAGGCCAAGGUGACACUAGAGAACUAUUACAGCAAUCUUAUCGCUCAGCACAUCGAGCGUAAACAGAGGUUAGCAAAACUAGAAGAAUCAUUAAAAGAUGAAGGUCUGUCAGAAGCACAAAAACAGGAGAAAAGGCAACAGCACGCACAAAAGGAGACAGAGUUCCUACGGCUUAAACGGUCACGACUUGGCGUGGAGGACUUCGAGCCUCUCAAGGUCAUUGGUAGGGGAGCAUUUGGAGAGGUGCGGCUGGUACAGAAAAAGGAUACUGGCCAUGUUUAUGCCAUGAAGAUCCUGCGCAAGGCGGACAUGCUGGAGAAGGAGCAGGUGGCGCAUGUGCGAGCCGAGCGAGAUGUGCUUGUUGAGGCAGACCACCAAUGGGUCGUAAAGAUGUAUUAUAGCUUUCAGGAUCCAAUAAACCUGUACCUGAUCAUGGAGUUCCUGCCGGGGGGAGACAUGAUGACGCUUUUGAUGAAGAAGGAUACUCUCAGUGAGGAGUGUACGCAGUUCUACAUUGCAGAGACUGCACUUGCCAUCGAUUCCAUCCAUAAGCUUGGCUUCAUCCACCGUGAUAUAAAGCCAGACAACCUGCUGUUGGAUGCUAGAGGACAUAUCAAGCUGUCAGACUUUGGGCUGUGUACAGGCUUGAAGAAAUCUCACCGAACCGAUUUUUAUCGAGAUCUCAGCCAAGCAAAACCUUCAGACUUUAGUUGUAUGUUUCCAGCCUCAAGUCCAAUGGACAGCAAGCGAAGGGCGGAGAGCUGGAAGAAGAACAGGAGAGCACUGGCGUACAGCACAGUUGGCACACCAGACUACAUCGCGCCUGAGGUCUUCCUGCAGACGGGCUAUGGACCAGCUUGUGACUGGUGGAGUCUAGGGGUCAUCAUGUACGAGAUGCUAAUAGGUUAUCCACCAUUUUGCAGUGAAAAUCCUCAAGAAACUUAUAGGAAGGUGAUGAACUGGCGAGAAACUCUGACAUUCCCGCCCGAGGUGCCGAUAUCUGAGGAAGCUAAGGAAGCGGUGGGUAGGUUCUGCUCAGAGUGUGAACGGAGACUAGGUGCUGCACGGGGAGUUGAUGAAUUACGCAGUGGCAAUACCCCGUUCUUCCGGGGCGUUGAUUGGGAUCACAUCCGAGAGCGGCCGGCAGCCAUCCCUGUCGAAGUGAGGUCAAUCGACGACACUUCCAACUUUGAUGACUUCCCUGAUGUAAAAUUAGAAAUACCCUCAGCACCUCUGCCCCAAGAUGGAGAAGUCAUAUAUAAGGAUUGGGUGUUCAUUAACUACACAUUCAAAAGAUUUGAGGGUCUCACACAGAGGGGAACGCCAACCAAGAAGUAGCAGAUAUGAGUCCAACCGUUUUAGUCGCCCAACUGUUAGUUGCAGCUUUUUUAUCCUUUUUUAUAUUUUAAGAUUUUAUUACAGUUAUUUUUGAAAUUUGAUUAGUUUUAUUUAUCAGCAAUAUUUUUGUAUCAUGUUUUAUUUUGUUAUAAAUUGUUGUAAUGAAUGCAAAUGUAUAUUAUGGUUUAAAUUUAUGUAACAUUGUUAUUUUUAAGAUUAAAUCUCUGUAGUUAUAUAGUAAAUCUGCUUUUUUAGUUGCCAGUGUUUUGCUUAAGUAUAUAUUUUCAAAUAUGAAACCAAAUAUUUGUGACUAAUUUUUAUAAACAUCUAUCAAAACUGUCAAGGGAUUAAAAUUUAUGUACUUAGUUUCAGGAUUAGGUUGCAUGGUUUAAUUGGUUGGAAAACUGUUUAGUAAGAGAUUCUUAUUUUAGGGAGAUCACAGGUUAGUUAAACUAAUCAACACACUUUAGUCCAUAAUUUAAUAAAAACAUUAACAUUAGCAUAAUAUCAAUGCAAUAUCAGAUGUUGUCAGAAACAUUGAAGUCCAAUAUAAGUAAUUGAAUUCUUUUAAAUUUUCUUAACAAGGCCAGUUUUAUCUAACCAACAAAUGAGUGUGUAUGAUCAUCUCCACCAGCAGGUUGUACCAUAAUCAUAUAUGAUAAAAAAUCAAGUUUGUAUAUUACACACAUUGUACCAAAGGUACUUUAGGUUAUUUUAAAGGAUCAUUGUUAGUUAUAUAACUUUAAUGCUUUUGUAAUUAUUGUCUUUCUUAUGUAUUAUUUAAGCCAAUGACAUAGAUUUGUGAUGUUGUUAAGUGUGUUAUUCACUAUUUAGGCAUUGAUUUUUGUAAAUAUGCUUUUUGUUUUAAGUCUUAUAAGAGUAAAUAUUGUAUUUUGAUAUUUAUAUGUUCAAUUUUUCUUCUUCCUGUGGUAAAAUGUUUGCUUGUAUAUUUGUGAAUAAGAGUGUUUUACAAUGAGUAAAAUUGUAUUGUUUUAUACAAACUUUUGUGUGAACUGAAUUUAUUGGUUGACAAAAUAUUUCAAAUUAUACAAAUGAAAAUGUGCAAUUCUAUUGGUUAUUCUGUACUUACAUUUAACCCUUUCAGGACCUAUGUUUACUGUACAAUGUUUAUUUUUUAAUAUGAAGAGGAAAUCAUUGGCUUAAUACCAAAGAGUGUAACUUAUUAUAAUUACGUUUUAUUACAAUUUAAAAUGUGCAAAAGUUUGAUUCUUUUAUUGAUGUCAUAUCUUAAUUUAGACCUUAAUGGGUUUAACUCAUUUUGUGAUAUUAAUUAGUAUCAUUUAGAUACUUCAAAUAUGUGGGAAGUGAAGGAAACAGGAUUUUUCCAGACAUUCGCCAUUGUUCAGUGAUACAAAAUAUCAGUAACACUUUGUUUCACUGAUGGAAAUAAUUCAGAACUAUUUUCCUAAGAGAUUAGACCGAAUUGUAAAAUUAACCUUUUUAAAUUGAAUAAAAUAGUAUUUCAUAGCUCAAUGUAGAUUCAAUCUGUAAAAAUUAAAAAAAUAUAAGAAUGUUUAAUGAUGUGGGUAAAAACAAUGAACUAUCUAGUUUUGUUGUUAUGUAUUGUAGGUGUUGCGGGUUUUAAAUUGUGAAAAGCACUCAGUCCACGAGAAAAGUUAUUUUUAUAAUAAAGUAAGAUUUUCACACAUGUUCUAACAGACAGUAAUUUCUUUAUAAAAUCCUCUUCUGUACGUAUUAGUGAAAUAUUGUUAUAAUGUUCCUGAAAGGGUUAAAGACAAAGUCUUAACACAAAAAUGUCUUGUUUCAAAUUAUCUGUAAAUUUAAUCUCAAUUACAUCGUUAGAAAUGUUAAAA